UGUUCCGGGAAUCACUCGAAAGCAGCAUUAGGUCUGAAUGACGCGAGUCCUGGGUCCAAACGUCACGACUCCCCGGUCCUCCACGGAGUAAGCUCCGGCGGUGUGUGCGGACCAGAGGAGUGGAAGAGACUUGUGUGUGGACCACGGCGUGUUGCGUUCAUGGAGCCGUCCGCCGUGGAGGGUUGUUAGGUGCUCCGGGCCGGUUCGUUGCAGUCGGAGGAGCGAGCAGCAGGUGCAUGUGGAUGGCGACAAAACUCAAGGAAAACUCCGCUCUCUCCACACGGCUUGAACCCCAGAGAAUAGAUACAUAUGUGAAGAAGCGAGCGAGAACAAGAAAGUUACAUUGUAUGCACGGGAAGCGGCCGCGUCUCUGCACGCAAACAUGGAGAAAAGUUACCGCUGAGCGUGGACGCGUGACUUCACCAUUCAUGAAUGUUGUGCACUUUUGAAUUGUUGUCUUUGUGUUGUUGUUGUUGUUUGGAGAAAAACAACACAGUGGAUACAUGCUGAGACUCUAGCACAGAUUUGUCAGGAUAUCACUGGAGCGUAAAGGGCAAUGGAGAAGAAGAGCCAGGCGACGGAUCGGACCGGCUCCCUGGACGGCAGAGCUCAGGACAGAGUUAACAGCGUGGAUCCAUAUGGCUUUCAGCGCUCAAAGAACUUUGAUUAUGAGUCAUAUGAGGAGCUAAUGUCUGAGUAUCUAGUUGUGCUCACCCGACGAUCCAUCAAGUGGUCCAAGCUACUGAAGGGCAAAAGCAAGGUGCAGAAGAAUGUAAAACUAAAGCGUUAUAUACGCAAGGGGAUCCCCAAUGAGCACCGGGCUCUGAUCUGGAUGGCAACCAGCGGGGCUCAAGACCAGCUAGAGAAGAACCCAGGACACUUCCAGUCCCUGCUCGGUGCCCAGCACGACCCCAAACUGGUGGAUACCAUCUGCACAGACUUGAACAGAACAUUUCCAGACAACGUCCAGUUCCGCAAGACAUCAAACCCAUGUCAGCAGAAAGCUCUGUACAAUGUGCUGGUGGCUUAUGGCCACCACAACCCAGCUGUGGGCUACUGUCAGGGGAUGAACUUCAUAGCUGGGUAUCUACUCAUCAUCACAAAAGAUGAAGAGAAGUCCUUCUGGCUGAUGGAUGCAUUACUUGGUAGAAUUUUACCAGACUACUACACUCCAGCCAUGCUGGGGCUGAAGACGGACCAGGAGGUGUUGGGGGAACUGGUGAAAGUUAAGAUCCCCGGAGUAUGGCAGACCAUGAUGGAUCACAAUGUCAUGUGGACCUUGGUGGUCUCCCGAUGGUUCAUCUGUCUCUUCAUAGACGUCCUACCAGUAGAAACAGUUCUGCGGAUAUGGGAUUGCUUGUUCUACGAGGGCUCUAAAAUCCUGUUCCGUGUAGCUCUGACCCUGAUCCACCACAACCAGGCUCUCAUUCAGCAGGCCCAGUCACUGCCGGACGUCUGCCAAACCUUCAAGCAGAUCACCAGUGGACCAUUUGUUGAGGAAUGCCAUGCUUUCAUGCAGAAAAUCUUCAUUGAACCGGGAAGUCUCUCCUUGACAACCUUGACUAAGCUGCGGGCAACAUGUCGAUCUCGCUUAGUUGCAGAAGAAUCCUGAACCAAACUCGACAACCUGUUCUCAAUACACAUUCCACUGGGAUGAGCACCCGACAGCUCGUUUGCACCUUUUCUCUUUUUUUACCGUCUAAAUGUCACUGUGACUACUACAUACUGCUGAGCUUUUUGUCUUAAACAUAUUUUCAGACAAUCACACAGCCCAAGUGUAAUUAUAGGCUGAAAUGAGAUUAUUCGUAGCAAUAAAAUAAGAUAAUCCUUUAUUAGUCCCGCAGCGGGGAAAUUUAAAUUAACAUGUAGUUUCUCCCCCUUUCGUUAUAUUUUGCACUUUACUCCAGAAAGUCAGAGACACUGUAGCGAAAAAGCUUGGGAGCACACGGUCAGGAAAGCUAAAUAACGUGUUGUACGCUGUAAACACAGUCAAGAGGUCUGCUGUAUUUCACAUUGAAUGGUAAAUGAAGGCAUAACUGCAUGCUGGUACUACUUGCUGUAGAAACGAAAUGUGAAUUAUAAUGAUUAUAAUGUAUUUUUCCAAACGUUUCAAAAUCAGAUUCAUGUACUUAUUGAUUGUGUUUUAGGUUUCUAGCAAAUGCUGUAGUUCCAAUCCUCAAUCAUUAACUCAAGUGCACUAUGAUGUAAUGAAUGAAGUAUAAUUGAAAGGGCUCCUCUCUUUUUCCUAACAAAGCUGUGUCCAGUUUGGACAGUGUUUGGGUUUUGUGGCCCUUUAAACAGU